UCAAGACUUAAAUCAGACCUCCAGUCGUGUAUUAACUUUUCUUAUCCUCAGACUGACAGGAGACUACGCCGUGAACGCGUGGCCUUGAAGCAACGUUGAUACACAAAAGAGGAACAACAGAACAGUGUUGCGGUUCCAGCCUGUAUCACCUGCUGCAUAGGACAUGUCUCGCCGGAAACAUCAGUACGACUUUACCGCUGAUCACUCUAAGUCUAAGGGUGUGAAAAGUGUCGAGGUUACAUCCAUCAAGCAACAGCCGCACAUCGUUGUGGAAGGACCAAGCGAGGAAAGUUUUCCCGAGGCAGACCACUGUUGUUACCACCACUUGGAGAGAAGUGACUCCGGGGUUUCUGACGUGGCGAUGACUGUUCACAGCUUGACAGAAACAGGAACCCCCUCGGGGGGCGCCCUGUCCACCGAGUCCAACCACCAGGACCAGAGAGAGAGUGGCAUAUUUGACGGGGACAUGGCACGAUCUGACACGGACUACAAUCGCCUCUCAACUGUGAGUACCGACUCCGGGAGACCGGCCAGCAUGGAGGGCAUUCUGGACGACAGUCUGCCUCUUCACGAAGGGACAAAUAAACCAGAAGAAAAGUGGGGAGACAAGGUAGUGGACGCCGAGGCAUUUGAGGAACACCGUGACGCACCAAACAACAACAGCGUCCCACCCGUGACAGGUAAAGAGGAAGCGGAACUUCUUGUGAAAAGACCUUGGAGACUUUCCAAACUGGAACAAAGCAGGCCGCGCCGGUACAGCGGCUCACCAAAUCAAAGUCUACCUUCACUUCAAGACGACAAAAUGUCGUCACGCAUCGGGAGGGAGGGUCGGGGAUGUCUGAAGAUACCCCUUGGAGACGGGUGCAGCAAAAACCAGGCAGAGCCGCAGUUGAGUGCCCCUCUACCGUCGGACGAUCUGACGACCGACGGUGCCAGCCCUGAGUUCGACGCGGACGCUCCAAUCGCCGAAGAAAGCGAGAGCAUGAACGAUAAUCAGGAAACGGCACCCCAAGAGAUCAGAGGAGAAGCGGAGAGAAGCUGUGGUCCUGAUGUAGAGGAUAACGGUCUAGCUGUAGGCGCUGAAGACAUGACCUUCGGUCAAGUUAGCAAGACCUGGGAGCAUGCCGACACCUGUGCCAUCAUGCCCGUGUACGACGCACGCGGGAAGUUCUCGCACGUAGGAGGGCGCCUUGAGCUGCGAUACGACCGUACAACCGUGCGACUGGAGGUACCGGCCGGUGCAGUACCCGAGGGAGACGCAAGGGAGCUCUUCAUCCGAGUUCUACCUUCGAGAGGCAUUGAACCCACAGCAGUCUUCUGUGGACCGCAUGGCACGGUUUUCGAAACCCCCGUGAACCUGUCCUACAGCGCAGACGGGGAAGGCGACAAAGCGGCAGUCCAAGGGUUCCUUACGCCGACAGACUUCGGAGACCCUACUCGCUGGCACGACAUCGGUGAUGAUCCCGACACCAGCUUCAAAUUGGAGGAUGGCAUGCACCACUUCAUGCUGAAGCACUUCACCGGGGUCACGAGCCGUGUCAAUGGCGCCUCCCAGCGGACGAAAGUCGAACAGCAGGGGCACAUAGUGAAAACAUUCCACCUGUACUACGACUAUCAGGUCUUCGAGGCAAAUGGAAAAGUGAUGUCAAUCCUCGUCCUCCGAGUCUACAUUGCAGACGAGGAUCAGACAGAGAAAAUUAAAGCCCUGGAGACCUCGAGGCAGCCUGCGGGUCAGCUAUGUGAUGGGCCCAGGUGCCUACCGUUUUCUGCAGACAAUGACAACCCACUUAAGAUCCGUCUGAGCCAGAUCCUUGAACAUGCCUGGAACAUUAUGGGACCUCACCAGCAGACUAUUGACAUCAGGACUAUCAGAGGUACCAGGAUGACCAGCUGCCUGUUUCGGCUGUCCUCUGCACACGGUACAGCAAUACCUGUCCACUGUAAUGUGGAGCUGUCCCAGCAAGGCAAUACCAGCUGUGAAAUCAUGGCAGUAAACAUAGUGCCUACACAGUGCUGCUGUCAGGGGAGACCAACCCAGCAGCUGGUGUAUGAAAGGUACUGCCACAACAACCCUGGGUACCACCAGAAUGGCCCUGAGGAUCACCUGCAGGGGGCAGUAGGCGGCCAUUUUACAUCGUCCAACCUUCCGGUGAGCCAGUGUGCUGACGAGACAGGAUCACAGGAACGGAAAGUCAAGCAUCCUGUAGAAGACACCUGCAACUGCGAAAAAUGUCAAGACAGCAAGGUGAACACUGAAGGCCAGAGCUGUCAUACCGACGAUACCUGUACAGGGUGUCAUUUGUGCACAGAGGAAGGCAGCAGUGAAACUUCCAUACCACCACAUCAUGGCACAGCCACACAACCACAGCUGUCACAGCCUCAGCAGGAAACAUCCCACCAGAAAGAUCUCUCCACAGAACUUCCUGACAACCACUUGUCAAUGGAGAGUACUAAUCAACCUGUCCAAGAAUCCUCUCCAGAAAGCGAUCCGCCUGCUGCAGCGGCCGCUCCUCACCACUCAGAGCACCCGGGAGGAUCCCAAACAGACAGCAUGGACCAGGGCGCAGCAGCGAACCCCCCUGAGCCAACACCACCCCAACAUACCAGCAAACGUACUCACAAAUUACUGAAGAAGCUCAACUUGCCCAAAUGGUUUCCCCAAAAGUUAGCAGACACCCUAGGGAAGCAGAAGACAAAGUCCAAACCACCAAAAGAACAGGCAUUGCCAGAUGUGUCAAAAGAACAAGCCGAGGAGGUGACGAGGGAUGAUCCCAGCCUGCCCACACAAGAGGCCAGCCAAGCUACACAUUCAUCAAAGAAGGACAGUGCCUACAUCUCUGGUGUGCCUGAUGAGGGGGCUGAGGGUGAAGAAAAUAUUGAGUCCCCAGAGGAAAACAAUCAUGUCAGGGACCUGCAGAGAGACAGUGGGGUCCAUGUUGGGGAGGGGUCAUGCCUGCAACAGCCAUCUCCAGAACAGGACAAGAUAGCACAAGAGGAGGGAAACCACGGGGAAGAAACUACAGGAGAUGGGAACCAGGUAGACCUUGAUACCAGCUGUGACCAGCAGUUGGUGGUCCUCAGGAAAGAUGCUGACUCAGAGAAAGGAGAGAGGGAGAGUGGGUACACGUCUGGAGUGCCAUCAAUGUGUGGUGACCCAGACGUUUCGUAGACUGACGAUGGAUGCAGAGAACUGCAACACUUUGAUUUUGAACAUUAUGUGGCUAUUGCAAUGCCUUAUUUGCCCAAACCAUGCUGCUUGCCUAAUACUAAGAACUAUAAUAGUCAUACUGCCAUUGUGUCAUCCCU